UUAAUAAUUACUAAUAAUCAUUAUGAGGUUAUACAUUCUAACUCUAAUUAGAGUUUAUUCAAUAAUAAAAUUAGAUAAUAAUUUCGAUUGACUUAAUUAGUUUUCUCUCUAUAUAUAGUUGUUUCAAAUUUCGAUAACUAUCAAGGCAGAAAUUUUCCAACCACACAUAGCCCAGGAAGAGCUGAAGAUGCAGGAUAGGAAUACCGAGAAUCUUAGAGAACUCGCUCAUGGUGGACAAGAGUCUAUGGAGAGAAUCAACAAUAAAAACCGAAAGACGGGAGCUUUUGGGGAGGUCCGCAGCAGGUGGAAGUACCGGUAAGAGUGAAAAUUGAGAAGAGUUGCUUGUAUCUCUCGUAUAAGAACAUCAAUUCAUAAAAUCUCUUUGCUUUUGCUUAGUAUGAUGCUUUUAUUAAUAGCAAAUUUGAAUUAAAUGUAGUUUUAAAAAUUCUAAACAACUUUCUAUUCGCAUAUUAAAACUUUCGUUUGAAAUUUUGGCUCUGCUGUUGUUACAAUCAUGAAAACUGAAAGUCACGACCCUUCCAGCGUGGCAGCAAAACGCCACUCUUUGGAGCCACUGCAAUCUCGUGAGAAUUAAAAUUGGCAAAAGUUGCUUAUUUCUUACGGUUACACAUUGAAAUUUCAUGUAUUAACAGAAAUCAAGCUGACAGAGUAAGGAUGAAAAGAAAAGAUCCUUAUUUCUCUCUUAUAUUAAGCUGACAUCUUAUCUAACGAUUCUUUCUUCUUUUUUUUUUUUUCUCUCCUCCUUUUGCUUUUCAUAUAUAUGUUAUAUACAUAUUAAUUGUUCAUAUAUUAAAUUUUCAUUUGAAAUUCUGGCUCCAUUGUUGUUGCACAGCAAUGAAAACGAAGAGAUGACUGGAGCUUUUGUACAGUCUGGAGUUUUUAGGCCGUAAGUGUUAUAUCUCUCUAAUUAAUUAUAAGCACACAGUUUUCUAUUCGCAUAUUAAAAUUUUCGUUCGAAAUUUUGGCUCCGCUGUUGUUACAAUAAUGAAAACUGAAAGUCAGGACCCUUCCGGCGUGGCAGCAAAACGCCACUCUUUGAUUAAUAUUGAGAAAAGUUGCUUUUUUCUUAUGGUUACACAUUGAAACUUCAUGUAUUAAAAGAAAUCCAGGCUUAAUAACUUAUUAUAACUCCAAUCCUAACGCUUGAAUUUUAAUAUUAUUAGGCUUGAUUUUCUAUACUUGCAAGCACACAUAUGUCAUCUAAAAAUUCAUAAAAAUUUCCUUGUUUUUGCUUAUGGAUUCAUGAAGUUAAUACGAUGCUUUUGUUAAUAACCAUUCUUUUUAAUAAAAUAUCUAGAUUAUCAUUAAAUAUAGAGGAAUUCAGCUGCGACGACAUUGAAGUCGGCAACCAAAACCAAGGUUCGACAUCGGGAGUGCCCAAGUUGCCGAGCUGUUGUUCCAUCUUUCGAGUGCCUCGAAGCCUUAUGGAAAUUCACCCAAAGGCCUUUCAACCGCAAAUAGUGUCCAUUGGCCCCUACCACCAUGGAAGAGAACACCUCCAAAUGAUUCAACAACAGAAACUCCAAUAUCUUCAUGCUAUUCUUGCUCGAACACAGGGUGUUGAUUUCGAUGACUUCUGCAAAUCCAUAGCGAAUGAGCAAAAGGCGAUGAGGGAGUGUUAUUCAGAGAGUACUGAUAAAUAUAGCGACCAUGACUUCAUUGAAAUGCUGGUACUUGAUGGAUGCUUCAUUAUUGAGCUCUUCCUCAUAGUUGAAAAGCUAGUCGAACCUGAUCUCAAUGAUCCUAUAUUCAAUCAGCCAUGGAUAUUGUAUUCUAUCAUGAGGGAUCUUCUUAGGCUAGAGAACCAAAUUCCUUUCUUUGUUCUUCAAACUUUGUUUGAAUUGUCAAAGUCGACUUUAAGAGAAGUUCCCUCCUUGACAGAACUCAUCCUACGAUUCUUUCAUUAUAUAAUACGGAGGCCUGAUGAAAUUCGAGAUAAGCAUAAGAAUCAGCUGGAUGGGGAACAUCUACUACAUUUGUUUCGCUCCAGUUUCAUCCCUUCCUCCAAGUUGGUGCCUACAGGUCGUAAAGAUUUACUUCAAUUGAUCCAACCUGUUGAGAAACUCCGUGUAGCUGGUAUCGAGUUCAAGCAACCUGUGGAGACAGCUGAGAGCUUCUUGGACAUUAAAUUUAGACGUGAUCAUGGAGUACUGGAAAUCCCACAUUUGGCAAUAGAUGACUCCAUUAGCUCCCUCAUACUGAAUUGUGUGGCAUUAGAACAAUGUUAUAAGCAUUGUUCAACCCACUUUACAUCGUAUGUUAUUUUCAUGGGUUGCCUCAUCAACACACCUGUGGAUGCAGGGUACUUGCGAGACCACCGAAUUAUUGAGAAUUUCUUUGGAACUGAUACAGAAGUUGUUAAAUUCUUCAAUGAGGUAGGCAAGGACAUUUGUUUCGAUAUUAGGCAGAGUUAUCUAGCAAAGCUGUUCGAGGAUGUGAAUGACCAUUAUAGAAACGUUUGGCACGUUAGAUGGGCAGGGUUCAAGCACGCUUAUUUUGAUAGCCCUUGGACAUUCAUAUCUGCUAUAGCUGCUCUCAUUCUCCUCAUUCUCACCUUUAUUCAAGCUUUUUUUGCAGUCUAUGGAUAUGUAAAUCCUCCUUAAUAAGCAGUUAGCAAUUUGUGAAUGUAUCUGUAACAAUAAUAUGUCCUUUACAAUUAAAUGUUGUCUACUAGAUUUUGAGAAUUAUUACAUUCGAAAUAGAGAAACUCUGCCUUCACAGUUUA